AUGAUACGCCAAGGUCAACCGAUAGAUAUUUUGAUCAACAAUGCCGGUAUCGAUUUCCCCCGACCUCAGUUCGGUCCGGACGGAAUUGAGGAGCACGUGCGAGUGAACCAUCUGGGUCACUUUCUUCUGACCAACUUACUACGACCGUUACUGGAAGCAUCCGAUGCUGCUCGAGUAAUUGUGCUGUCGUCUAUAAUGCACCGCCUGGCAGAGGUGAAUGUAAAUGAUUUGUGUCGACCCCUAGUCGGAUCGUGUUAUGCAAACAGCAAAUUGUUGAAUGUGAUUCAUGCCCGAGAGUUGACGGAGCGUUGGUGCGCGUCAAACAAAGAGCACGAUGGACAUACCGGAUCCUCGGUGAUAGGAGUCAGUGUCCAUCCGGGCUUCGUUAUGACCCAGAUCUUUCGCCAUUCGCCGUUUCGUUCAUGGUUGGUGCAUCGAUGUUUCUCUUGGCUGGCUAAAACGCCUUGGCAAGGCUCUCAGACCGUUGUUUACUGUGCGCUCAGUAACAACCUUGUUCCUGGUGCUUACUACGCUGAGUGCCGUGUGACCAAAUGCAACGCUCAAGCACUGGACCGUCAGGUUGGACAGGCUGUGUGGGACGCAUCGGAACGUUUGGUCAAGAUUUGGGAGGGUGCCAGUAAAUGA